GUGAAAAACUGGCAACCCGGGUCGUGAAUCAGCUGUCAACGAUUGGAAAGUGAUUGACAGCAGCUAUACUUAGCGGUUAAGUUCUCAACUGUUUCUGGUGAAUGCCUUGCUGUAGCAAACCUUUUAUGAAAAUUACACAAACCAUGCAAAGGUGAAUCCGAUCCCCAUCUCAGAAAAGACAUCCUGAACAAAACCGUAUCAAAAACUUGGCUUGCGCGUGUGUGCGUAACGUAUGCGCAUACAAAGAAAAACAGCAUAAAGAAAAAAGAGGGCUGCUGACGAAAGUUCGCUCCGCUUUGCCCGUGGUUGCUGUGCGAUUUUUGUUGUUUUGAAAAUUCCCGUAACACUGUGGCGUGUGGAAAAAACGCACUAACUACUUCGUGAAUCAUUGCGUUCGUGCGUUGUGAAGGAUCGAGAAUGAAGCAGCAGUGAAAAGUGGUGCGUGCGAAAGUGUCUCCCCUAUUUGCUUGGUGUGUAUUGUUUGUGAGUACACGGAAUAUCGGAGGAGCUGAAGUACCCGUACAAAGGGGUGUGAAAAGUCGAACUCACAGCCCCCAGUCAGUCUGGUGAGGAAAAUUCGUCGCUGGUUUCUAAGAAAAUCGAAACAAUAAAGUGCGAGUACGGAUCGAAUGCGCUGUACGGAUUUGGUUAAUACUGUGCGGAAACUAACUCAACGCAAUUGGUUUCUAAUGUAAUAGUAUGGUAUCACGGUUCGAACGCCUAAUGGGGUGCUCCUCUAUCCCGAUAGGAGAGACCUCGCCUGAGACGGUGGCACAGUGCUCAGGCCGGGGCGACUGUCUUAAUGGUACGUGUCUGUGCGAAAUUCGCUACAGUGGCGAAGAGUGUUCCGGAUUUAAUCUACCCUAUCAUGCCGGCAUUUCGGCAGUAUUCUACUUUGUGGGUUUUGUAUCGCUGGUUCAGCUGAUGAUAUGCAUCAUAGCCGAAUAUCAGCGGUUGAAGCAGCCCAGCUUUUUGGCCGCUUGUCGUUUAACUACGCAAAAGUUGCUGUAUUUCUUCGUCUUUAUUGCGGCGGUACUGCGUGGCGCUUAUUUCACAACGCCGGAAACGUUACAACCAGCAUGGGUUUCAUAUCUGAUGUCCCUAUACUAUCCACUCGUCAUGACUUGCGCCUCGCUUGUGGUGUGCCUUUGGGCAGAGAUCUUCCACCUGCAAGGUAUCCGCUGGGAACGGUCGCAGUUCCUGUCGAAAAGCUUCCUCGGCUUUCUGGCCUUUAAUCUGCUACCGUACAGUCUGUUUCUGGCGGAGAUUGCCUACUCGCACCUAUUCACUGGACGCAGCACAUCGUUCUUUAACGGAUGUUAUGCGGUUUUGUUGCUGAUCGUGGUCAUCUUUUUCCUGAUCUACGGUGUCGAGGUGUUCUUUAAGGUGCGUGGAGGCUUCGUCUAUGACUUCGGCGUGGUGCCAAAUAGUGAAAAUGUGAACGCAUCCCAGCUGCACCAAUCGCGCUUCGGUUUACUCAGCCAGGCGAUCAUGAUGAUCGUGAUCGUCGGUUUUCUCACCUCGGAAACAUUGGGCGAUUUCUGGAAGAAAAAGGUACCGGUGUAUUCACGCAACUGGCACGAUAUUGUGUUCCGGCUAGCGGAGGUCGGUGUUGCACUUUGGUUCCCGUGCUGUCUGUGGAACUCGAUGGCACCGGAGCAGCUGUGGAUAUUGAACCCGCGCAAACUUCUGACACGCCAGAUCGAUCCGGUUGCGGGCAGUUCGUGUGCGGCAGGAACAGCGGAAGCACCGGUCGAACCAUCCACCUCGGCCAACGCCGAAGAGGGACAAUCGUUUCUGGCGAAAAAGGAUUGUUGGAUCUGUUACGACACAGAUAAGCCGGAACCGCUAAUUCAACCGUGCAAAUGCAUCGGAGACGUUAGCUCGGUGCAUCACGAGUGUUUGCGCCGCUGGCUGGUCGACAGCUGUGCCAACAGUGAUGCCGUGCUGAAGUGCAAAGUGUGUGACUCGCCGUAUGAAAUUGAGCGAUCAAACAGGCUCGAUUGGGAGAAGGGUUUCACGAUCCAGCACUGGGCCAAAACGAUCAUCAUCGUAACGCUGAUGUGCAUAACGGGUGCGGGCGCUUGGGUCAUCAUCCAGCUGAACGAAGAUUCGUUCGUACGCGUCCUUGUGGCCGGGUUUGCGAUCAUCAUCGGUUACAUACUGUUUAAAAUGCUCGGCGAAAACACGGUCACCGCGAUCCAGCGGGCAAAGGUGAGCUCGAUCUACAUCGUUACCUCGGUGAACGAUCUGCAAACUUAAGCCUACGGGAGCCGGUUAUUCAUCAUGAUUGCUACUCAGCCUCCCCUUCCCGGGAAGAAUGUUUUUAUGUCGAACGUUGAUAAGGUGGUAACUAUAUUCUAUAUGUUAGGUACACUUGAUUGUGAUUGAGUGCGUUAUGCGCCUGAGGCGCUUAGCAAAUCGUACGUACGCAUUUGCGCUUUUGUAUGUAUAGAUCUUUCACUUCGUUGGACAUCAUUUAAAAAAAAACAACAACGAGAUAUCGCUGCAAUGGUGCGGAGUCAUCGCUUGACCAACGUCUCAACGAGAGCCAGCCUCGGGAUGAUUGGCAAAACCGACGAUAUUCUUACACGUGCGUGAAGAUGUUCGUAACAACAGCGGAAACAUAUUUAUGGCAUGCAGGAACUAACCCAGCAAUACAUAUAUAUUUACAUAUAUACAUAUUUAACCAUCUGGAAAGGGACGAUACCACGUACAUUUGGGCUUAUGCUUCUACAUACAAGUAUGUAUCCAUGUUUAGUGCAUCUUCUACGAAAGAUGCCACCUUCAUAGUGCGCGUGUUUUCUGUGCUUAACUUAUCCAGCACUGUUGGAUUGGGAAUUUGGUUCGAUUGACCUUUGGUUGGUAUUGGCUUUAAUGAAAAAAAAAAUAAGAAACAUCGAACUGUAUGUUUCACAAACUAAAAUAAUCCUAUCAAAAGAACCAAACCCCACAAAACACAAGAGAGGAAGACGUAACUUCUACUCUGGUCUCUGGUGUGUAAAGUGUGUGAAGCCGCCCAUUGUAGCGAGUUGUUGGUUUCAACAGUUGGAAGAUCUUUUAUUUUCCAUUUCCCAUUUAUGUAAUUGAAGUGUGCGUGUGUAGCUUUUUUGCAUAUAUAUACAUAUAUGCAAGUGAUAUUGAGUUAUGCGUGAGCGUAUUUUUAAACAAAGUGAGAGGAGAGAAAAAAAAACAAAUUAUAAAGUAGCAUUAGGUUCCAAUGUGUAAAGCGUAGGAAAAUGUGUGAAAACGAUACUUAGAGGCGUGUAGGUGAGAAAAGAAUUUAGUUUGCUAGUAUGCAAAAGGAACGAAACGAUAUAUCGGACGAUAAAGGCUGUAACCGAAAUAAUUUAUCCACGGUUCCGGGAGGAUACAGUCACUGGACUAAAUGGGGACAAUGAGAAAUUAGAUUUAACCAUCGAUUUGUUAUAUUAAAAAAAACAUACUGGUAAGGAAUUAGUUUGUCGAGAAGAAUAUUUAAACCGUAAUUUAACGGUUAUUUCUUCUUUUUUAUUCAUUUGCUAACCAGAAUGUUUGCUCCAUUUGUUUUGAUUCGGAACCGUGGAAGCUUUAGGUUGAUUGGAUUGCUUGUCCGUUAAGGGCAAGGUAGCGAGAUACUUGCGAAUACUAGACUAGUGAUGUAAUAAGACGUAACACGUAUUUGUCAUAUUUACCGUAUAAUCUUGUUUUCUGCUUGAGUUUUCUUUUUAUAAUUUCUUGCACAACAUAAAACCAGACACACUACCGUGGAAGUGGCUGAUAAAGGCGGCUGUAGUGUCCUGCAAGGUGUGUCAGUUUUGUGGUGUUGAUUAGUGUGCUUUUUUUUUACUCUACAAUCACUGUAAAGUAAGAUUCCGGUAAGGAACAAGUUGUACAUGAGAAGAGAGUUGUGUGAGAAAAAUUAAGCUAACGACACGAUAAAAACGUCGUGUAAAAGAGUGUCUGCAGUUAAGAACUAAUUUGAAUUCGAGCGAUUAGUAAUGAGAAAUUAUAAAACAAAACAAACACAAAAAAAAGUCACAAACUCAUCGCUAAGCUGUAAGUAGAUCAAUUUCGGUACUUGAACUAAACGAACAAACUCGAGAAGCUGGUAAAGGGAUAUCGCUGUUCGUGGCGCAAACAGCCAGAGAAUUCCUACCAACUGAUGAAGCAAGAUUGAUAAAAAGUACUUGAGAUCUCACACUGCUGCACUAGUUUCGCGUUUUGGGAGGUGAAGGAA